AUGGAGGCUAUUACCAGUCACAGCAGCUGCGAAGAAGUCAGAGAAGCGCUGUUGAAGUCCGGCUUUUCUGAAACAACUGCAGACUUGUUUUAUGAGAAUGAAGUUGAUGGGAUGUCGAUUUUAAACUUCAAAGACCAGGAUUUGUUCCUUAUGCUGCCCAACAAGAUCGGCUUGGUUAGGAAACUGAUUGUAAUGAUAGAUGAGCGCAAGGCACAGAUAGCAGCCCUGCCAUCGCCUUCAGUGGUUAAAUUAGAGUCGUCAGCGUCAUCAUUGUCAGAAAAUGAACUGGAACAAGAGCAAGAGCAAAUGCAGGCCCACACUCAAGAACACGAACACAACGACACAGCCGUUCCAAACUAUUCAGAUCGCAUUAAGACUUUACUGGAAAAUGGAAGAAUAAUUGAAGAUUUUGACAAAUUUAUUGAAGAAACUGCAUACUAUGUGUUAUCUCAUGGAGAUAUAACAAGUCGAAGACGUUAUGCUGAAUUUGGCAGACACAUGUAUGAACAAUUUCCAUGCCUAGGCUUCAGUGGUCAGCAACCCUGGUCCUUUUUUUGCAAAAAGCUAUCACAAAAAAUACGGAAUCUAAGAUGGAAAAGAAAGAAAGGUUUAAACAGUUAUCCAGACUUUAUCAGCAAAAAAACAUCCACAGAACUGCACUCAACAGUAAGAGAUAUCCACAUGACUUUGAAACAGUGCACAAAGGUUAUUGCUGAUGAACUGAGGAAACCACAUGUGCAGCAGAACAGGACCCUGCUCAGACACCUUCAUAAGAUCUCGUACAAAGACAGACGGCAGGACAUCGCUCAGUCUGAAGAGGGAUCUGUCCAGGACAUUCUUAAGAAGUAUCCCUUAUUGAAUGACAUGGAGUAUAUCCAAUUAGAAUUUAAAAUGCUUGUGAAACUUGGUGACACAGAGGCAUCAUGGACUGCUCUUCUUGUAAACCUGGAGAAGGCCAUGUCAAUGGAGAGAAACAAUGAGGAGGAGAGUUACGUGGAGUACAAGGAAGUGCAUGCACUCCAGCUUAUCGUGCAGCUGCAGUGUAAACUGAAGACAAGGAGCAAAGGAAAGAAACUACCCCCAGCAAUAUCGGUAACUGAUACACCCACGGUUCAGCUGUCGGGUGACUCCAGUAAUCCACCCCGACUCCUUGUGAUCCAUCACCAAGACCCAGCGAGACCCCUGAAUGGCUUUGUAAUUGCAGACAGGAUUUAUAUUUGUAAAGAGAACACCCUGCUGGACAUCUUGUAUGACCUCUUGGGCUGCUACUACGCCUGGAACCUCAGUUUCCCAAUGCAAUACCAAGUGCUGGGGUUUCUUCAGAGCUACCUCCUUAAAGACAGAAGAAAACCCUUUUUCAAAUCCUCUGCCUAUAUCAAGUUUCAGAAGGCAUUCGAAAGUGUUUGCGACGAGUCCAGUGAGGAGUAUGUGCUGACCAGAGUUGGAUGAACUGUUUCUUUUGAGUUUGGGUAGAAGCUCACAAAGUUUAAAUAGUUUUUUUUUU